AGUCACGUGAAGCGGAAGGGAGAGAGACGAGCAGUGAAGAACGAAAGAGAAUUGUCUGAAGAUUCUGGGAUUUUUGUUCAGGGGAAAAUGGAACCUACAAACGAAGAGUAUGCUGCCUUUGAAGAGAAAGUAAAGCGCACUGUGUUGAUUGAUAACCUUUCUCCAUUGGCUACUGAAUCUGUCCUGAAGGCUGCUUUUAACCAAUUCGGGGAUGUCACAAGUGUUUAUCUGAUUCCCAACUACGUUGAGCCCAUCAACACUGCACGUGCAGCUUUGGUGGAGAUGCGGACUCCAAAUCAGGCUGGAAACAUAAUCUAUGAGGUGAGCGAAUCCCCGUUUAUGAUCUCAGGGAUGCCAAGGCCAGUCAGGGCACGUGCUGCAGAGAUUGAGAUGUUUGAUGAUCGUCCUCGCAAACCUGGUAGAAAGAUGGAAUGGCGUUGGGUGGAGCCUAAUGACCCCGAUUUUGAGGUGGCAAAGAAGAUGACGGCUCUUGUGCGCAAACAUGCUGCUGAGGCCGACUUUCUAAUGAAGCAUCAACUGGAAGAGGAAGAAAAGCUCGCGAAGAAGCAGGAAUUGGCCUUGAAGGCAAACCACAAGAAGUAUAAGCUGUUAGAAAGCGUGAGUGGUAAUGGUCCUAAUGGAAAUGCUAAUCAGUUGGCUAAACAUUAUGGCUUGCCUUUCGGAGACUCUAAGAAGUUUCACUGAAUUGCCAUACUUUUCUAACUCAUUGGAGACCAGAUUUUAUGAAGCCAAAGAGUGUAGUGUUAAGCAAUUCUCCUGCCCUGUUUUGUGCCCUUUUUUGUGGUGCAGGUGAUGUGCACUACUGGAAAUCUGGAAUUCACUAUUAUCAUCUAUGGAUAUGGAAUUGGUAACUGUGGACAAAUGCUUAUAAAUCAUCUAAUGCCUAUAUUAAACUCUUUCUGAUUUCUAGUUAAAA